AUGCCAAGAUCUAUCUCAAAUUGUGAUCAUACGGUUGUCUGUUUGUCCUCUUCUCCUCAUGCUGCCAUCGCAGGGUUCACCAGACAAAGCCAACGGCAACGUCUGGCUGCGAUCAAAGCAGACAAUAGAAGCUUUCCACGAGAAGACAAACUCUUCCUUGAAGAAGACAAUAGAGCCUUUCCUGCCCCUUUGUUGCUGCCUGGAGAUGAUCUUGCAGGAGACACAGAAAACCCCCAGAGCUUUCAACAAUGGCUACAUGGAGAACACCGUAAUCCGAUAACUGCAAAGCAAAAGACAGUCUAUGUCGUUCCAUCCCCACAAGUUGACCCAAGCGUUGACUUCAUGCGAACAUGGAUUACGCCAGAAUGUUCAAACAAUAAGAAUUCCAUAAAGACUCCUAGCACGAAGGACGUCCAGGACUAUCUGACUGCCUUCUAUCACGGUCUUCCUGUGAAGCUGAUGCCGCCAUCUACCUUUCGGUUUGUUCCAUGGGAAGAGCCCAAAAGAAGACCUCGUAAAAAUACAGGGCAACAAUACCUGGGUCUUGAAUCCGGCGAUGAGUGCGUGCGGAUACGUUCGCGUACCUUGUCAAACGGGGUAUAUGGGGGCCAAGUCAAUCUAGACGAUCUUCUCGAUGCUGCCAUUAGCAUUCUACCAAAAGAUGCAUACGCUCUCUUGAUGCUUGUGGACUUCGAUCUCUACGAGGAUGACGAGGACGAGUUUGUAUGUGGCCGUGCAUACGGAGGCAGUCGUGUUGCAGUGGUAUCCACUGCAAGAUACAACCCCAUACUGGAUACCAUGCAAGACGUCGAACGCGUCCAUGCAUGGCCUGCAUCGCACUGUGGGAAGUACAUGACUGCAUGUGCUACGGCAGAACCAAGUUCCAAGAGACAGAAAAGAUCUUCGGUGAAUAGUCGAGGAUCACGCAAUUCGACUUCAGAGCUAAACGGGCCUGUAGAGGAUGCUGUAUCAGUCUACCGCUCCCUCCCAGAUCUGAAUUCAUCGCCUUCGUUACUGUCUGCACUCUGGUUGGGUCGUGUUUGUCGGACGGCGAGCCAUGAAUUGGGUCACUGCUUCGGUAUUGCCCAUUGCGUGUACUACGCAUGCUCAAUGCAAGGCACCGCGUCUAUCAGCGAGGAUGCAAGACAGCCGCCUUAUCUCUGUCCGAUCGAUCUGGCCAAGAUUCUUUGUGCCACUUCAGCGUCUGCGUCUGAGCGAUAUCGGGCUCUUCUGGCGUUUUGUGAACGGCCGAGUAAUCGUGAUACCCAUUUCUUCGGACCAUUCGCUACUUGGAUCCAAAGUAGACUAGGUCAGAUCGAGGACUCGGCUUGA